UUAAUUUCAUUACAGAUAAUACAAAGAAAGACACAGCACACAAAUGUUGAAAUUUUCAGACAUGCCUUAUCAUUAGCAUUAGCACGUCCUUUCCCACUAAAACUAUGGAGCUAAUAACAUUAUAUAGACUCAGAAAGAUAGAGAUCACAAUUCAAGUUCGUCUCUUUGGCUUUGACUUUCAGGAAUCUGCAUGAAGAAGAUGAUGGCAGCUUCAAGAACACUAAUAAUGGCAUUGGCAAUUGCAGCCACAAUGGUUGUUGAAUUAGCUAUGGCAACUAACUAUACAGUUGGUGAUUCUGGUGGCUGGGAAAUAGGCGCCAACUUCCAAUCUUGGGCUUCCUCCAAAAACUUCACCAUUGGAGAUGUUCUCAUUUUUGAGUACUCCGCGAACCAUGAUGUGCUUGAAGUCAAUGAGCCGGAUUUUAGCUCCUGUUCAGCAAGCAAUCCCAUAGAGAAGCACACCGGUGGCAGCACGGUGAUCACCCUUUUGACCUCAGGUAAAAGGUUCUUCAUAUGUGGGGUGCCUGGCCAUUGCCUUUCUGGGAUGAAGGUUGAAAUUGACACCCUUGCAACUCCAUCACCGCCGCCUUCUUCCAUGGCUACACCUCCGUCUCCACCACCGGAAGUAACACCGUCUUCACCGCCACCUACUUCCUCUCCUGCUGCUCCAACAUCUCCUCCAGCUUCACCCCCUAAAGCUGCAACGAAGCCACCAGCAAAGUCUCCUCUGGCUCCACCACCAGAUUCUAAAGCCAGCCCUCCAGCACCGCCCACCGAACCAACUCCACCAUCAUCAGCACCGACACUGGAGCCUCCGAUCCCUCCAUUUCCAUUUGAUCAUCCAUUGAUUCCCUCAGCAGCCCCCAUACCUCCUCCCCCGACGCCUUCAUCGGCUUACAAAUGCAGUUUUAGGGUCCAUCUCUCUGUUGGCUUCACCUUCGUUGUCAUAAUGCUUUUGGCUCUCUGAAAAUUGUUCAUUUUCCAUGUAUAUCUUGAUGUGAUUCUACAAUUUUUUGCUCUGAUGCUUUUACUCUACAUGAUUUCAAUGAAUAAAAGGUUUUUUUUUACCACCUAUUCAUUUCAAAAUAUCUCAAACACAUUACAAUUCUGCUCUGACUGAGAAUAAUUCCCAAAUCAUGUGCUGCAUUGGUAAGCAAUAAACUGCACAUGACCGAACUGAAAAAAGAAUAUUGAGUAGUGGAUAUAAUAAGAUAUUAAAGAAGCUGCAUUCUGGCAUCCCCAAGCAUUUCACAAAAGGAAAGAUUCUCUCUAGUGUCUAUUCUUUUAGGCAUAAAUCAAAUUAAAGUUAACCAUCAAAAUUUUUAUUUGUCAUCAAGACAACAUCUGUAAGGAUUACUCUGUUUGAUGUUUACGAACUAACAAUGAAAAGCUUGAAAAGAACAUGAAAAUUAGUUGCAAAAUAAUGUCUCGGGAUUGAAUUUUAGGGU